AUGCAGCUUCCCGCACGCGAAGUGGGAGAUUCAACCACCUCAGUCAAUCCCAAGCAAAACCGUGUGUCUGUGAACGAUCUCGUUUCCGGAUAUGCUUCAGGAAAUAAUUACGAAUCCACUACGACAUCCACAAUGAGCUCAACUAUGCUAAAGCCUCCUCAAAAACGAGUUCUCGGCGAUGCUACCAUCAACCGUCACAAUGUAAUGCCGAAGUCACCCAGUACCGCAAAGAAGCGGAAGCUCGAAGCUGAACAGCCCACUAUCGGAAUUAAGCCGUCCUCGCAGACCGGCAACAGGAAACUCAUUUCCUCAGGCCCUCGUCAAUCGCAGCAGAAAAGCCAGUUCGAGGAGGAAGUCUUGGAGAAGCUGACGCAGGACAUUUCAGGACUGAAGGAAAACAACUCGGAGAAAGACCAGCAGUGGGCUCGGCCAAGUUUGGAUAACUUUGACGCAUCGCGAGACAAUCUUUGCUUCCAGCAAAUUGAAGCGGAGGAAGGUACUAUAGGGGGCGGAAAGCAACCUGCGGUUAAGCUUUUCGGGGUUACUGAGGCUGGCCAUUCGGUUCUCUUACAUGUUACGCAUUUCCUACACUAUCUCUAUGUGGCUGCUCCAGUCUCGUUUGCUCCAACGGACUGUGAAGGAUUCAAGGCAUAUCUCGAGCACGAAAUUGAGAUCCAUCACCCAGCUAUACAUUCAGUACAAAUGGUAAUGCGAGAAAACCUAUUCGGCUUUCAGGGCAACCAGAAAAGCCCCUAUUUGAAGAUCACAGUGACGGACCCGCGACAUAUCAACAAAUUGCGAACGCUGAUUGAAACAGGCAGGGCGAAUUAUCGAGGAAUGUGGAGAGCCGAUGCUGAUGGGAUAUUGACCUUUGAUAAUAUUGAAUAUAUUUUACGGUUUAUGAUUGAUACAGGAAUGUCGGGCAUGUCAUGGGUAGAAGCGCCGGCUUCCAAAUACCAAAUCCUCCCGAUGGUCGAGCGGAUGUCAAAUUGCCAAAUAGAAGCUACAAUUCAUUACCGUGACCUCAUUGCCCAUCCCAACGAUGGCGAGUGGGCAAAAAUGGCACCACUCCGAAUCCUUUCCUUCGAUAUUGAGUGUGCUGGUCGCAAGGGUGUGUUUCCCGAGGCCAAUCAAGACCCGGUAAUUCAAAUCGCCAAUGUCGUUACACGUUAUGGGGAAUCAAAACCUUUUAUCCGAAAUGUGUUUGUUUUGGGCACAUGUAGCUUGAUUGUCAACACCCAACUUUUGGAAUUCGACACUGAAGAAAAAAUGCUGAUGGCUUGGAAGAACUUCCUGGUGGAAGUUGAUCCAGAUGUUAUCAUCGGAUACAAUAUUGCUAACUUCGAUUUCCCCUACCUCCUUAAGCGCGCAGAACAUCUCAAAUCGGGAUUAUCAGCUGCGAAGCUACACCCUAAAUUCGAACUUUUCAAUGGAACCCCGGAUUCGAGGCGACGGUUGGCAGUUUACUGCUUGAAGGAUGCAUACUUGCCCCAACGACUUAUGGAUAAACUCAUGUGCCUUGUCAAUUAUACUGAAAUGGCGAGAGUUACUGGCGUGCCUUUCAACUUUCUCCUUUCCCGUGGACAACAAGUCAAGUUUAUCAGUCAACUAUUCCGCAAGGCUCUCGAACAACAACUGGUUAUUCCCAACCUACGGAACGAAUCAACUAGCGAACAGUACGAAGGAGCAACAGUCAUUGAGCCUAUUAGAGAUUUCUACGACGUUCCGAUAGCUACCCUUGAUUUCGCGUCUCUAUACCCCAGUAUUAUUCAAGCACAUAACCUCUGUUACACCACUCUUUUAAAAAAGUCAACCAUCGACGCACACCAGAUGAAAGAAGGAGAAGACUAUAUCGUGACACCAAACGGGGAUAGAUUCUGCACGUCGAAAGUCCGCAAAGGACUCCUGACUCAGAUCCUGGAAGAACUUCUUGGAGCGAGAAAGCGUGCGAAGAAGGAGCUUGCAGUGGAAACGGAUCCGUUCAAAAAGGCUGUAUUGAACGGACGACAACUUGCUCUUAAAAUCAGCGCCAACAGCGUUUACGGACUGACUGGCGCAACUGUUGGUAAACUGCCAUGUUUGCCAAUUGCCAGUAGCACGACUAGUUACGGCCGCCAAAUGAUUGAGAAGACUAAAGAAGAAGUAGAGGCUAAAUAUACCAUCGCCAACGGGUAUUCUCAUGAUGCUAAAGUUGUGUACGGUGAUACGGACUCCGUAAUGGUUAAGUUUGGAAUGAAAGACCUUGCAGAGGCGAUGAAACUUGGCCAGGAAGCAGCUGAUUAUGUUUCAUCCAAGUUCAUCAAUCCUAUAAAAUUGGAAUUCGAGAAAGUGUAUUUCCCAUACCUCCUUAUCAAUAAGAAACGCUAUGCUGGUCUCUAUUGGACCAAGCCAGACAAGUAUGAUAAAAUGGAUACCAAGGGAAUUGAAACAGUCCGCAGAGACAACUGCCGUAUGGUUCAGACGGUUAUCGAAACUGUCCUCAGGAAAAUACUCAUUGAUCGGGACGUUGAUGGUGCCCAAAGUUAUGUGAAGGAUACGAUAUCUGAUCUACUCCAAAACAAAAUCGAUAUGUCUAAACUCGUGAUUACGAAGGCCCUCUCGAAAAAGGAUUACACAGCGAAACAAGCGCACGUCGAGCUGGCAGAGAGAAUGAAGAAGCGCGACGCUGGCUCUGCCCCAACUCUGGGUGACCGAGUUGCAUAUGUCAUUGUUAAAGGUGCUGGAGGAUCAAAGAAUUAUGAAAAAUCGGAAGACCCUAUAUACGUGCUCGAAAACAACAUUCCAAUAGACACGAAAUACUACCUCGACAAUCAGCUCGCGAAACCUCUCACACGUAUCUUCGAGCCCAUCCUUGGCGAAAAGAAAGCUGGCCAGUUGCUCACUGGAGAACACACUCGAUCCAUCUCAGUCGCAGCCCCGACAUUGGGUGGUCUGAUGAAAUUCACUAAGAAAACACAAACCUGUAUGGGCUGCAAGAAGCCCCUUACAGGGAAAGAGGGCUCUGACGGCGCGGUUUGUCAGGAUUGUCUCCCGCGGCUCGGUGAGCUAUACACUAAAACUCUAACUAAAGUGUCUGAUCUGGAGGUGAGGUUCGGGCGCUUGUGGACGCAGUGCCAGCGAUGUCAGGGCAGUUUGCACUGUGAGGUUAUCUGCUCAAGCAGAGAUUGUCCGAUAUUCUACAUGCGAAUGAAGGCGAAGAAGGAUGUUGAGGAUGCUGAGAAGGAGUUAGCGCGCUUUGAUCACGACCUAGGGGCCUGGUGA